AAUUUGUAUUAGCAUACCACUAUCUAUCCCCCAUUUCUUUAUUAUUCUUCAAUGAAUGAACGUUUUGUCUCCAACGCAGCCCUUCUCCGGCGCGGCCAUUAGCCCCUAAACCUCCCUCUCCGACCCACAAAACACUUACAUGCCAUAGUCGAUCAGAUUUGUGUGCUCAUCUUUUUAGGGUUUUUGGGUUUCAGUUUUCGAAUUCUUGAUUUAGGGUUGGUGAGGCAAAAAUGGAGAACUACAAUCAGCUAGGAGAAGAGGCGGCGGCUGCGGCCCAAAGGGGUGGCACUAGUAGCUUCUUGUACUGCGGCUCCGUCCUUGCACCGCCGAGUUAUGGUAGAGCCGGCGGCGGCGGCGGCGGCGGCGAGUUCCACCUGCAACAACCUUACGACCCAAUAGUGAAGACCGAAGGGGGAAGCACUUCUCAUAACCAUCAUCACCAACGGUUUGAGAGUGAAGUGGAAGCCAUAAAGGCUAAGAUCAUUGCCCAUCCCCAGUAUUCCAAUCUCUUGGAAGCUUACAUGGACUGCCAGAAAGUUGGAGCUCCGCCGGAGGUGGUGGCGCGUCUCGCGGCGGUGCGCCAAGAGUUUGAGUCCCGGCAGCGAGCCUCCGCUCUGGGUGGUAGAGAUAUUUCCUCCAAGGACCCAGAACUCGACCAGUUCAUGGAAGCGUACUAUGAUAUGUUAGUGAAGUACCGAGAAGAACUGACGAGGCCUUUACAAGAAGCAAUGGAGUUCAUGCGACGGAUCGAAUCGCAACUAAAUAUGCUUAGCAACGCUCCAGUCCGGGUCUUCACUUCCGAUGACAAAUGUGAGGGUGUUGGUUCCUCUGAAGAUGACCAAGAUAACAGCGGUGGUGAAACCGAGCUUCCCGAGAUUGAUCCUCGGGCUGAAGACCGCGAGCUGAAGAACCACUUGCUGAGGAAGUACAGCGGUUAUCUAAGCAGUCUGAAGCAAGAGCUUUCCAAGAAAAAGAAGAAAGGAAAACUCCCGAAAGAAGCGAGGCAAAAGCUGCUCAACUGGUGGGAGUUGCACUACAAAUGGCCUUAUCCCUCGGAAACGGAGAAGGUGGCUUUGGCUGAAUCGACCGGGUUGGAUCAGAAGCAGAUUAACAAUUGGUUCAUCAAUCAAAGGAAACGGCACUGGAAGCCUUCCGAGGACAUGCAGUUUAUGGUGAUGGAUGGUCUGCAUCCACAAAACGCAGCUCUUUACAUGGAUGGUCACUACAUGGGAGACGGUCCGUAUCGCCUAGGUCCAUAAAAUGUCGACUUCCAUUGAUGCAUAUCGAGUUUUUUAAGGUUGUAACUUAGGACAUCAUGUAUCUGCCGGAGACCCUACCGCCUUGAAAUGUGCACGUACACUAUGCCUGCCUGCCGGCCGGCUUGCCGGGAAUCUUGAACGAGGGGAUUGGAGCUAGCUAGGUUAACUUCUCGUUUGUCGUCUGAUCUCUGCAACUUCGGGUAACCUUAGCAAGCAAGAUUUCUCCGCAACUAUGAAGGAAAGUAGGGCCGUUUUUAUGUAUUUGUAACGAGUUUGAUGUAGUAAGCUAAGUUCAAUUGUAUAUGGUGAAACUGAUGCUAGUAAAUAAUUUCAGUUAGCCUAUAUAUAAUAUUAUGAUUAUGAUUUUAGUCCUUAAGUUA